AUGAAAAUUUAAUUAGAUAAAGACACAUACAUUCUUUAAAAAAAAAUAGGUGAGGGUAACUUUGCUACAGUUUAUGCUACUCAGCAUCAAAAUCUUGUAGCAAAAGUGUGCUACAAAUCUAAUCCUAAAGCUUUUUAGGCAUUUUAAAUAGAAAUGGAAAUUUUGAAUAAGAUUUAAGGAGAAGGUAUUGUAAAAUUAGAAAAGUCUGGCAUUACUCAAUUGUAAGGUUAGACAAGUGGAAUUUUAAUUUUAGAAAAUUGUUCUAAAGGAAGUUUAAUAGAUUUAAUGGCAACAUAUGUAUUAUCUAAAAUAUCAUCAAGAUAAAUAGAAGACCUCCUGAAUAAUUAGUAUUGAUGAUUGCAAGAGAUAUUGUUAAAGGAUUAAUAUAAAUUCAUUAAGUAAUAACUUGUAGAUACAUUAUUAGCUUGGUUAUAUUCAUCGGGAUGUGAAAAUGGAGAAUGUACUUUUGAAUCCUUUGGGUUAUUUUAAACUUUGCGAUUUCGGUAGUGUUACUAAAAAUAAGCAUUUUAAAAUUGAUAAUACUAAUAGAGAUACAAUUAAAGAUGAAAUUGAAGAUAAUACGACACCAUUCUAUCGUGCACCAGAAUAUAUUGAUUUUUAUGCAAAUCAUCCUAUUACAGAAAGUGCUGAUAUAUUUGCUCUAGGUGUUUUAUUAUUUAUGUUUUGCUUUUAAAAACCUCCAUUUGAAAGUGGUUUAGCAGCAGUUAAUAAUCAUUAUUUCAUACCUGAUUCUCAUGAAUAUUCAUAAAAGUAAAUAAUUUUUAUAUAACUCUCUAGACUUAUCUAAUUAAUUUAAUCACUCUUUACUGUUAAUCCUAAAAAUAGACCAACAGCUUAAGACAUUCUCUAAAAAAUAUCAAAUAAUUGGCAAUUACCUUAAAGAUAUAUAGAAACAACUAAUCAACCAAUACCUGUCCCUAAUCUAAAUAAAUAUUUUGCAUCUGUAGAUAAUGUUUAUAUUGAAAAAAAAGCUGCUCCUCUUGGCUUUUUUGAUUAAGUCAAGCGUUAUUUAUUUACAUUAAGUAAGAAAACAGAAGCUUGGGUUAUCUAAAGUACUAAAAAUGAUGAUGAUCCACCAAGAUUAGAAGAUAUAAGAUCUUUAGUUGUUAAGGCAUGGUUAAAAAGAGAAAAAAUACCAAAAUUUUAUUUAGCUAUCUAAUAAAAAAUAUUAUUACCAUAACCUGAAAAUCAAAAAGUUAUGAUGAAAUUAGCCAUUCUUUUACAUUAAUAUAUCAAAAAGGGCCCACCUGAUGUUUUAUAAGAAUAAAAAUAAAAGAAUCUACCUACUAUUUGGAGUAUUAUGAAAAUUUUAACUGAUCUCUAUAAACAAAGAAUUAAAAUUAAUCCUCAAAAUGAAGUAAAAGUUAUUGCAAAUUAUUUUACAAUCAUUAAUAAGAAAUUAAUAAUAUGUAAUGCUAAUAAAAAAUUAUUUGAAGGAAGCUAUUCAUUAUCUCCUCUUUUCUUAUCUUUAGAGAGAGGAGAAUUUUGGAAACCAUUGGAAUCCAAAUUAAUAGAUGAUUUAUUAAAAUAUUGGUCUGAUUGUUUAUUAUUUCUCUCAGAAAUAUUUUAACCUAAUCCACUCUGGAGAAUUCAGACAUUAAUUAUCAUGUAAAUGGUCGAUGAAACUUAUUCAUUAUUAUCUAUGUUAUUACAUUUAUGGAUUGCUGUUAAAGAAACUUUAAAUAAAAAUGAGAAUUUAGAUACUGCUAAAUUAACAGAAUGGAUCUUAAGUGUUGAUUAAAGAUAUGAAGAAAAUUAUUACAAAACCAAGAAACUAUUUGAAAAAUGCCAAACUUUAUCUGAAUUUGCAGAAAUUAAACGAUUUAUGCCUAAUUUAUAAUCUGAAGUUAUUAAUUAUAUCUAAUCAGUUGAAUAUUUUAAAGGAAAAACUAAAAUUGAGCUUAGUCCUUAAAGAUCUAUCCAUGGAAUUAAAAUGCCUGUAAGUUAUUAAGUAACUGUCUAAAAAUUAUAACAAGUUCUUUUAUCUAUGGCUGAUUUUGAUAAACCCUAAAAUCAAAUAUAGUCAAAUUAGGAUAACAGUGCAAAUUAAGACUUUUUUGCAGAUUUUGGAUUCCUAAAUAAUCAAGGAAAUUAGUAAUAAGUAUAUGAUUAACCUUGGGUUGAUUUUACAUAAUCAUUUUAGUAACAACAAUAAUAAUAAUAAUUACAAUAAUAAUAAUAAUAAUAAUAAUAAUAAUAAUAAUAAUAAUAAUAAUAAUAAUAAUAAUAAUAAUAAUAAUAAUAAUAAUAAUAAUAAUAAUAAUAAUAAUAAUAAUAAUAAUAAUAAUAAUAAUAAUAAUAAUAAUAAUAAUAAUAAUAAUAAUAAUAAUAAUAAUAAUAAUAAUAAUAAUAAUAAUAAUAAUAAUAAUAAUAAUAAUAAUAAUAAUAAUAAUAAUAAUAAUAAUAAUAAUAAUAAUAAUAAUAAUAAUAAUAAUAAUAAUAAUAAUAAUAAUAAUAAUAAUAAUAAUAAUAAUAAUAAUAAUAAUAAUAAUAAUAAUAAUAAUAAUAAUAAUAAUAAUAAUAAUAAUAAUAAUAAUAAUAAUAAUAAUAAUAAUAAUAAUAAUAAUAAUAAUAAUAAUAAUAAUAAUAAUAAUAAUAAUAAUAAUAAUAAUAAUAAUAAUAAUAAUAAUAAUAAUAAUAAUAAUAAUAAUAAUAAUAAUAAUAAUAAUAAUAAUAAUAAUAAUAAUAAUAAUAAUAAUAAUAAUAAUAAUAAUAAUAAUAAUAAUAAUAAUAAUAAUAAUAAUAAUAAUAAUAAUAAUAAUAAUAAUAAUAAUAAUAAUAAUAAUAAUAAUAAUAAUAAUAAUAAUAAUAAUAAUAAUAAUAAUAAUAAUAAUAAUAAUAAUAAUAAUAAUAUUAAUAAUUACAAAAAUAAUAAUAACAACAAUAAUAAUAAUAAUAAUAGAUCCUCUCUCAAACAUAUUUUGAUAAUUAAUUCAUGUAAUAAGCUGGAAGAGAAUCAAUUCAAACUGAAAUAGAUCCUUAAAUGCUUUCAUAAAUUGUUUUUAAAGUAAAUUAUGAUAAAAAUUAAGAUAAUAAUGUUCAAGAUUCUUAAAAAAAUUAGCAAUUUUCAUAAGCUUAAUCUUAAAUUUUGAAUUAGAAAUAAUAAGAAAAAUCAAAAAUAAUUGAUGUAUUUGAUUUAUUAGAUGUUCAUGAUGAUGAUGUAGUUCCUCAAAAAAAAAAUAAUGAACCAUUUGAUCUAAUAAAUUUUGAUGAUAAACCUAAUUAGAUAUAAUAGAAUGCUUUUUUCUUACCCACCGAUAUUAAUUUUACGUAAUCAUCAAAUUAAGAUUAAAAACAAGGCAAAGAUUAAGCAUAAAGCAUAAACUCAUAAUAACAUUAAUAAUUUCCUUAAUAAUAAUAAUUUCCCUAAUAAAAUCUUUACUAGCAACAGAUACCAUCAAUUUUUGGAUAAAACUUUUAAUAAUAGAAUAUAGUAAUUGAAGAUGAUGAUGAAGACCUUAUACCAAUGAGCUAUGAUAAUCUUCCAUAACAAAAAACAGAAAUAAAAUAAAAGAUACCUAAUAAUUUAAUUUAAUCAAUAAACCCGACGAUAAAUUUAACACCAAAUAGAUAAAAAAUACAUUCUUUAAUUUUAGAGCAUGCAAAUCAAAUAAUAGAUACUGAAGUAGAUAUAAGUGAUUUUAUAAUACAAUACAAUGAAUUAGUGUUUUAUGAAUAAAUAGCAUCAGGAGGAUCAGGAGUAGUUUAUCGUGGAAAAUACAAGAAUGAUAUAGUAGCAAUAAAAGAUAUAGAUAUAAAUGAAAAGGAUGAAUAAAAGAUGAAAGAAUACAAGAGAGAGAUAGUGACUUUGGUGAAAGUGAGACAUCAUUAGAAUUUAGUUUGUUUAGUAGGGAUUACUUUUAAUUAAAAUAAACUGUACAUAAUAACAGAGUUUUGUUCAGGUGGAUCACUUUUUGAUUUAAUACAUAGAAAUAGAGAGACAUAUAUUGAUUAAUUAACAAAAUUGAAAUUAAGUUUGUUUAUAGCAGAAGGAAUGUCUUAUAUUCAUAAAUUAGGUUUUAUGCAUAGAGAUUUGAAAUCAUUAAAGUAAAAUUAAAUUUAUAUUGAUAGUAUAUUAUUAGAUUAGCCAUUUAGUGCUGAUUCAAAUAUAAAGAUAGCAGAUUUUGGUUUAGCUAGAACAGCAUUAGAAAAGACUGAAUGGAUGACAGCAGUUGUGGGAACAUUUGUAAAUUAAUGAUUAUAAAUUAGCAUUGGAUGGCUCCGGAGGUAUUUAGAGGAGAAAUGUAUACAAAUAAAGCUGAUGUAUAUUCUUAUGGAGUAUUAAUUUACAUUAAUUUUAGAUUGUUUUAUAUGAAAUAUUUUCUAGAUAGAUUCCUUAUUAGAAUAUUGCAAAUCCUAUGUAAAUAAUGAAAGCUGUGACAGAAUAGAAUUAAAGACCUGAUCUUACUUUUGAAUGUUAAAAAGAGAUAAAAGCAUUAAUGGCUUAAUGUUGGCAUCCUAAUCCUGAUUAAAGACCAACAUUCUAAUAAAUUAUAAAUAGUUUGUAAAGUUUAUGAAAGAAUUCC